GUCGAUUGAAGAUAUCCAUGGGUGAACUUCACGGUGGACGGCGGUGUAGUGAUAAGAUGGAUACGUCACUUGUAAUGCCAGCUUUGUGUACCUCGUACCAACGGUCACCCAACUUGAAGAGGGCAUGGCAUCUCACACGUCCUUCAAAGACAGAAACCUCAUUGCAGUCAUCGGAGAUGAAGAUUCGAUCACAGGUCUCCUCCUUGCCGGGAUAGGACACAUCAACGAACAACAGAAGAAGAAUUUCCUGGUAGUGGAUUCCAAGACACAGGUAUCCACAAUCGAGGCAGCUUUCCAGGAGUUCACAGAACGCAAGGACGUUGCAAUAUUGCUCAUUAACCAGCAUAUCGCAGAGAAGAUUAGACCUACCGUUGAUCGGUAUCAGCAGGCAUUUCCAACUCUCCUUGAGAUACCAUCGAAGGACCAUCCAUACGAUCCCGCCAAGGAUUCAGUUCUCAAACGCGUGCAGAAACUCUUCGGCGAAUAAUCAAAAACCUCACUCUCAGAACCGCACCCCUUCCGAGGCUCUGCUACGUAGUAACCCUACCUUUCUCGUCCAUUAAACUCAACGGAACAUGCAGCCAUUCAUUUAUAUUCAUUCAUGUAGUACACAUUAUAUGUACGCAACGCCGCCUCGUUCCAGUAUUCGUUGUUGCUUAUCUCCGCGAGAGCGUGCAAAAAGGCAGCGAAUGUCCUCUAUGAGGUGUGGAACCGCACAAUAGGCUCCUUUUCUCGGACGUCUGGUGCUUUAUCGACGUAUACCCUGAGCGAGUUACGGGCUUCUGAGCCUUCGUUACCCAAUCAAAAUAUUCAACUUGAGCAAUGUCAGA